AUGUUGAAGAAACGAGAUGGGAGGGGGACCGUUCUCUUCUGCGACUUUCUGUUCCGCAGCUCGAGCUCGAGCGCGCGCGAAGUAUUCCUUCUGGCGUUGGCGAGCCGGGUUUAUCUUGCGCAGCCGGCCGCGGUUGUGGCGCAGCCCGUCAAGCUCGCGUGCGUGCAACUCGCCUCAGGUUCCGACAAAGCCGCCAACCUGACGCACGCCGCGGCCAAAGUACGGGAAGCCGCCCAGGCCGGCGCCAAGAUCGUGGUCCUCCCGGAGUGCUUCAACUCCCCCUACGGCUGCGACCACUUCCCGUCCUACGCCGAGGAGCUGCUCCCAUCGCCGCCCACACCCACCCAGUCACCCUCCUACCACGCCCUCUCAGCAAUGGCGCGCGACAACGCGGUCUACCUAAUCGGCGGCUCCAUCCCCGAGCUCUCCACCUCCUCACCCGACACCAACACCACCACCACCAAAAAGACCUACUACAACACCUCCCUCACCUUCUCCCCGACAGGCACGCUCCUCGCCACCCACCGCAAGAUCCACCUCUUCGACAUCGACAUCCCGGGCAAGAUCACCUUCCGCGAAUCCGACGUGCUCUCGCCCGGCAACCAGCUCACCAUCGUGGACUUACCAGAAUACGGACGGGUCGGCGUGGCCAUCUGCUACGACGUGCGGUUCCCCGAGCUGGCGACCAUCGCGGCGCGGCGCGGCUGCUUCGCGCUGGCCUACCCGGGCGCCUUCAACCUGACGACGGGCCCGCUGCACUGGGAGCUGCUGGCGCGGGCGCGCGCGGUCGACAAUCAGCUGUACGUGGCGCUGUGCAGCCCCGCGCGCGACCUGGCGGCCGGGUACCAUGCGUGGGGGCAUAGCAUGGUGGUGGAUCCGAUGGCCAAGGUGUUGGUGGAGGCUGGGGAGGGGGAGGGGGUGGUGGUGGUGGAGUUGGAUGGGGGGAGGAUUGAGGAGGCGAGGAGGGGGAUUCCGUUGAGGGAUCAGAGGCGGUUUGAUGUGUAUCCUGAUGUUAGUCGGGUGCAAUGA